AUGGAAGAUAGAAUUGUAAAUAUUCUUACUAAUAAUUAUAGUUUAACUAUAGAUAAAUUAAUUGUAUUAGAAGGUGGUUAUUAUCCUGAUGAAACAUAUUUAUUAAUUACAACUAAUAAAAUCGAAUAUAUUAUUAAAUAUAUUGUAUAUUGUCAUAGUUUUGAAUAUCUUGAAUCGAUUUUAAAAUUUCAAAAUAUUCUACAUGAUUUAUAUGAAUAUCCAUGUGCUCAAAUAAUUCUAUCUAAAAAUGAACAAAUUCUUCUUAAAGAUAAUAAUCGAUUGUUUUUUGUUCAAACAUUUAUUCGAGGAAUAGAACCAACAAAAGAAAUACUUGAUAAAGAUGAUAAUUAUUUAUAUCAUAUGGGUUAUCUUUUAGGACAAUGGAGAUUAGCUUCGAAAAAUUAUUUAUCUAAUAAUAAUAUAAAACAAGAAUGUGAAGAAUUUACAAAUCAAUGGUGGGAAAAACAAAAUAUUUCUACAGUUGAUGAUACUUUUCUCUUAUCGAAUUUGUUUGAAUGUAAACAAAAACUGAUUAAUUUAAAUGAAACUUUUGAACGUGGUCUUAUUCAUAAUGAUUUUCAUACAAAUAAUUCAAUAGUGAGAAAUGAUCAAAAAAUAUUUAUUAUUGAUUUUGUUGAUGCAUGUCAAUCAGUAUUUAUAGCUGAUUUAGCAACAUCUCUUUUUCAUUUAUUAAUUGAUCAACAAAAUGGAAAACAUCGAGCAAAACUAUUUUUAAAUGGAUAUCAACAAAAAGUACAAUUAUCCAUCGAAGAAAUCAAUAUUCUCGAUAUAUUGGUUCGAUUAAAAUUAACUAUGAGUAUCAUUGAAGAUUUACAUAAUUUAGAUGAUCCAAAUGAUUCUUUCAUUCAAUCUUGUUUUCAUUUAUUACAUACACUUAAAAAUGAUUCGACAUUAGUGAAAAAUUUAAUAUAA